CGACCACUCAGUCGAGUCGUGGAGUGCGCGCGCGGCGACUGUCUGCCGCUCGAUAGUGCCAUAUUUAGUCAGCUGUCAACAAAUAUUGUGUUUUGUGAAGUGACAGUUGUUCAAAAUGGCGCUCUUUAAACUAGUGUUAUGUCUGAGUUUCCUGCACAUGGCAGCGGCUAAAGGAUCAGAAGCUCAAAUAGAAUGCACGCCAGAAUACAUGAAGGUCACUGUGCCAAUGGAUGGGGAUAGGAAAAUAUCUUACCUCGAUCAACUAAAAGACUAUUCCCCAUGCCAACCCAUCAUGGAGGGUACAGCCGCGUCCUACAUGUUGGACCUUCAGGAUUACCACAAAUGUGCUGUCACUAAAGUGCUUAAUAAAAUUACCGGCAAACGCACAUACUACCACAAGAUUGUAAUCGAAACGCAAUCAGGCGAUCGGGAAACUGUCACAGUGCGUUGUGUUGUCACUAACAAGAGGGCGAUCACACGGCGGGCGGUCGAACCGUUCCCUUUGGACUUUAGUGAGCCGGAUGUACUUGACAUAACUCGAUAUGAAGAAGGACGAGCGCCUGAACCGAUUUUGGGUGCGAUCGUGAGACAAAAUGGGAAACAGGUAUCCGGGGAAAUAUCCGUGUCCCCGGGAACUCCGCUAUCCAUGGAGAUAUUCCUGGACAACUCGUCUGCGCCAGUAUAUGGACUCCUUGUUAAUUACAUGCACGUCACUGAUACUGGGAAACAACAGGAAACUAUUAUUUUUAAUGGGUGUUCCAUAGACCCGUACUUAUUCGAUAACUUCAUGACAAAAGAUGGAGAUAACUUAACCGCUAACUUCAAGGCGUUUAAGUUUCCAGAUACAACUUAUGUUCAGUUCAAAGGGACGGUUACUGUUUGCUUGGAUAAAUGUCAGGGGGUACAAUGCAGUAACGGUGUAACAGCAUACGGCAGGAAACGCCGGGAAAUAUCAACUAGCGCGGACGCUAAUAAAGUAUAUGAGGUUUCGUUAACUACCUUCAUUAAAGUGGACUAUGUUGAUGGAAAUAGAGAGGCUGAAGACAUUUAUGCGCUACUAAAAAAAUUAAAAGUAGCCAAUCAACUACUAGGCGAUACAGACGGAACUCCAGCAACAGUUGCCGAGCACACACAGGACAACAAACUAGUUAUACAAAAAUCCAACACUAAUAAUAAUAAAUAUAGCGCUUUGUUAAUUUUUAUUUCCCUCGCUUUACUCAUUUUCAAGUAAAUUGAAAAAAAUGACAAAAAAAUGUGUGCGUGUACUAGUGUACACACGUAAGAAGUGAAACUUCUUUAUGACCUUAUUUUUCAAAAAAUAAUUUUCUAUAUGCUUUAACUUUACAGAAAUAAUCACGCGUGGUAGGGAUAAGAAAAAAAUGGCGCGUAACGGAAAAAUGUCACGCGUAACGAAAAAAUGUUGCACUAAAUUUUUUUCCAACCCCGAUAAAGAAGUUUCACUUCAAAAAAUGGCAACACUAAAAUAUCUGUAAAAAAACGAUUGCGCAAAAUGGCGACACUGAAAUCUGUAAAAAAAAUGCACAGAUAAAAAAUGGAGAAGAAGUUUUAUUUGUGAUCUCAGUGAACGAUUUAUUUCAAUACGAAAAAUAUGAUUUUAAAACAUGCUAAUAUCGAUUUUAAUACAUAAAGUAUUAUCUAUUUGUAUUUGGGACUAAAUAAUUGUAAUAACAAUAUUUCAAAAUAUUGAUUUUUGUGGUAUUUUAUACAAAAUAAUUGUAAAAACUUGUAUUAGUCAGUUCUUUAAAGAAACGAAUCGUCAAUGGCGGCGCUUAUCAUUCCCUCUCGCUCACACACGGCCGUACGGUAUGCAAAAAAAAAGGGAAAAAUAAAAUCACUAAAAUGUAUUUGAUUUUCCCUAUAAUAGUUUUUAUCGUAAAUGUACAAUGACAAUUAUGCAUUUGCGAAAGUAUAUAUAAUGUUUUAUUGGAAUUUGACAAAAUAUGUUCUUUGGGAAAAGUUGUUUAGUUUGGGCUUAUUACAAGUAUUAAGGGGAUUUUAUUACAUUCUGUAUACGUUAAUAUGAUAAUUCAUAUAAAUACACAAAUACAAUAACAAAAAAGUUUGUCAACAAACAAUUUGAAAUAAUUAUCAAUUUACGUUAUUUUUAUUUUCUUUUUUGCUGAUCCUACCAUCUGUCAAAGUCAGCAUUGGCCGCCAUUGAAGAUUCGUUUCUUUAUUGAACUGACUAAUGUCUAAUAUAUAUGUAUUUUACUCAACUAUAACAACUUUACUCGACUAGGAUAUAAUAAUUAUAAAAAUCCGUCCAAAACUUAAAUAUAACGAACCCGUCCAUUUUAAUAAAAGUUAAUUUAAAAUAAGUGCCUUCCUAAUUUAGUUAAUGCUGUCGCAUUUAAGCCCACUAGUCUUAAAAUAAAAUUAAACCAUAAGAAAUAGUUAAUUUCUACCAUUUUCUACCAUAGACAUAAGAUGCUUUAUUUCAUUUUAAUAGUUUUUAAUACAACCAUAAUUUUAUUGUCUGACUGUAUUUUUUAUACUCCUGUUACAAAUAAAAUUGUGUUUUAAAAGUUACUAAUUCAUAGAAAAAUUACGAAUUUUCAAUGCUUUUUAAAUAACAGUGUCUAAAAAAACCUCUUAUUUACUCGAUAUUAAUUUCAAUUAUAACAUUGAGGUGCUUCGAAUACGUAUUUCUCAUUUGUGAUUCAUAAUUUGUAAUAAGUAGAUUAACGUGAAUAAAGUUAUUAUUUUACUAA